AUGAGGCAUAAAUUAUAUCCUGAUCGAAUUGCCAAUUACUAUAUACCCAAAGGACCCAAAGAAAAUAAAUCUGAAGAUGGUAAAAAGCAAAUACAUCUUCUCGCCAAAGGUGGACAAAUUACCCUAGCAUUAUAUGGUCAACCUUAUAAAUCUGGCAAAAAAUUACGUGAAUCUGAUGACGAUCGAUAUGUCAUGCAAUAUUUUCAUGAAUUACAAAAAACACUUUCAAAAUUGAAUCAUUCACGUCAUUUAAUUUUUCAACGUGAAUCAGCAAAUGAUCCUAAUGAUCUUUCGAUCCUAAAAAAACCGGUUACGCGUGAUGAUAUUAUCAAUCAGAUUAAGGAAUCUCUCAAUUUAUCCAUAAACAUUAAUGACAUUGAAUUUCAGCAAGAUAUUUCGGAUAUGAUUCAAAAUUCAGGAAAUUAUACCUGUUUUGUGAUGUUUCGUGAAAUUGAACAUAAAGUUCCAUUGAAAAUAGUG